GCUCCCAGCCAUCAACCGCGACACGUCUCCCCUCCUCUCGACACACCACUAGCUAACCUGAAACCUCCUCUUCCCUCCUCGAUCUCUUCUCACAUGGACACACAGACCCCGCCCCUCCACUCUUCGCGCCUCGUUCCUGUCACCCCGAAACCCUGGCAGUCUUCUCUUCCACCCCGCCAAUCUGCACUUCCGUCCCAUUACACUCUACUGGGCUACGGACGACCUUCCUUACAGCUUCUCCUCGGUACGUCUUUUGCUGCAGCGCAUUCACUUGCUCACCUUUGACCUUCGCACUAACCUUUACCAUGUCGACCGCCGAACGAAAACUCUCACGUCGCGAGCCGCCCCUCCCCGGGCAAUUUUAUUGCAAGGCCUGCCGUCGCUACUUUCAAGAAAGCGACGGCAGCCGCGCAGUUCACCGGCGCCUCUUUCAUCAAGCCGUCACACAGACGACCUACUACGGCGAACAGGAAGUCCACACCUUCCACCGCGGUCCCAGUGGUCUCUUCGCGUGUCUCCGCUGUCCCUUCCAACACCAUGAUCCCCGCGCUUUUUGGGACCACGUUGCCCGCCAAGCCGGUUGUCCGCAGACUCACGCGCCCAAUACAGACCCGACGUCGCUCGAAGAGCUCGGAGUUGCUGUAUCAGAGUUGGCGGGCCGCUUGGAACCGGUCCUGACAGGGCAGGAGGUCGGAAGCGUUAUGGAGCGGGUGGAGGGAACGGAUAGGGCGGAAAUGGCGGAGUCCCUCGAGGCAGCACAGAUGGAUGCGGAGGUCGCCGGCACCCGUACACAUUUGUGCCAAUUGGAACACGUCGACACAGAGCUGGUGGAAGCAGGGGAGGCCGUCGAAGUACCCAAAACUGACGUGGACGUUCCUUGCGCCCGCGAAGAUAUGCAGACAUCUCCCAAACUUGUACCUAGCAAUUCACACGAUUCGCUCGAUCUAAGCGCGCUCGCGCCCUUGCCGUCUCCACUUAUACCUCGUCCCCGCUCCCUCCCGGCAAUCCCCGCAGCACACAAACCCAUCGCCUCGGGCACCCUCCACACUGCCGAAUCAUCACAGCCUGGCGAUAUCCCUAUCGUCGAGGACUUCUCAUCGCCAGCCAUUCCCUCCCUCGAUGACUGGCCCUCUUUCGACCCGACGGAAUGCGAAAUCACCCCCGGCCCCGAUACUGUCACACACGACGACGAUCACGACCUUGAGCGAUACAAUCUCGUCAUCAACACCCAACUCCGCCUCAUCAUAUGUAUCCCCUGCUCCAAGGCCGUCCUUCCCGCUCGACUCCGACGUCACCUUCUGGACAAAUGGCCCCGCCUUGACGUUCCGGACGACAUCGGCGAAAAGCUUCGGUCCAAGUACAACGUCGCAGCCACCCACGACUGGCCCUUCCCGCAAGCCCGUAUCCUGCCGGUGUUCGGCCUUCCCAUUCUUCCCAAUCCUUAUCUGUUUUGUCAAUCGUGUCACCACGGGUAUUCCAGCCACACAUCUCUCGCGUCGCAUCACUAUCAGCGCACUUGUGCGCGCUCAUCUGACCAGUCGCCUGGUCAUUUCAUCGCCUAUGGGCAAACCGUCGGCUUCGAUCCACGCGUCGUUUUCCCAGUCGACACCUCCCUUCUCGCUACACCUGUUCGACGGCCCGCCUUUUCGACCGAGCCCUUCACCACCCUUCCCAGGCCCGAUUACGCCCAUCUCCCCAUCUCAAAACCCGUCAACUCAUGCAACAUCGACUUAUUCUUCAAAAACGAAGACUUUUAUUCACUCGUCGGGUCGCUUACCCCCGAACAGGUCAAUCAGUCCAUCGAUUGCACCGCCCACACGCCCGAGCAGAAGCUCAUGUCUACGCACCUCGACAUCGUUUCUCGCACGUACUGCAAGUCAAUCCAAGCCGCAAUAAUCAAAUCAUCCGCUGGACUGCGGAGGCUGAUGGCUCAAGUCGGCGCGGAAUCAUCGCGCGAGGAGCUUAGACCCCUCGAAGACAACUCGCUGAAUCAGUACUCCGCGGUGCUGGCAAAUCUUAUCUACACCAUGCUCCGUGCCCACGCCAGCGACUCGCAGCACCUCAAAUUCCCCCUCGAUCCACCUCAGUGCGAAGCUCUCACAGGCCUGCGCAGCAUUCUCAUCCGCGCCGAGCUUCCCAACGAGCAGCUCACGGCCGAGUUCUUCCACCGCACGUGCUUCGCUUUAUUCGCACAAGAGAAGCAGCACGGUGGGCUAGACAACUGGGUCCUACCCGUCAAUCGCUAUGUCGUUGCUCGAUGCAUGGGGAGGGAGACGUGGAUCAAGGCAAAUGAGAUCACUCGCAUCUGUGCCAAGCUGCAGUGGAUAAACCGCGGCGUCAUGCUCACCGAAAUGAAUCGCCGCAUGCCCCAGCAUCUCAUCUCGUCUGACCAAGCUUAUCAAGAGGUCAAAAAGUUCCUGUUGGCCAACAACGACACCCCUUCCGCCUUCAUUUACGACGUUCACCACACCGUCAGGAAGAUUCGUGACGAGUACAAUGACGCCGACGUGCAGAUGGAGAACGAAUCCCACACGCGGCUCAUAUUCGACGGUCACCGCAUCGAUCUCCAUCAGUUCAAAACACUCGCGGAAGCUCUCACUCGACGUCACGCUGACAUCCUCGGCGAACACAUCUUCUUCGGCAGAGGAGUAGACCAAUCGUGCUUCCCCCCCUUCGAAAUCGAGGACUUGGUCGACAACCCACACAACUUUUCACCCGGGUUCUGCUUCUUAGAUAUCCCAUCCAACGGCUUCGACAAGUGGGCCGAGCUUUAUCCCCGAUGGCUUCUAUCCCAUCCUGAUCUCGAAGCCCGGUUCACAUAUGUCCUUAACGGGCAGCAACGAUGGAAGCUCCAUCCCACACGUCAGCUCCUGGAACGUUUCGAAGAGCUUCGUCUCAUUCUCGCCAUCCGCUGUAUCGUUUCUUGCGGUCCCUCCGUCCGCGCCGCCGAAUUCGCUCGCCAGUCACUUCGAAAUCUCCCUGGUGGAGCAGCACGAAAUGUCGUGCUGCUCUAUCGCACACUCUGUCUCCUGGCCGUGCUAGAGAAGACUAGCAUGCAAUUUUCUCGGAAGCACUGCACCCCGCACAGCCCCGUGCCAUCCGUAUCCAAGGAUCUUAUUUGGAAUUUGGCCGUGUUCCGUCCGUUCGAGCAGUUUCUCAUCUCCCAGUUCAAGGGUCCCAUCGACGCUGAACGCUACUUCACGUCGAUGUGGCCCGGCAUCGACGCCGACUUCACCAGCCACCUCAUUAGUACCACACUCGGUAACUGGACCGAGCAGAUCCUUGGCGUUCGACUCCAGAUCAUCGAGUACCGCAAGAUCGUGGGCACAUUCUGCCGAUACAUCGUGGACCCGUUCCUGUACAAGACUCUCGAAGAUUCCCUUUUUGACGAGCUCCAGAACCACUCCACCGGCAUGAGCUACAUGCGCUACGGUGUCGAGAAGCAGACGCUCGCCUCAAGCGAUCCGCGAAAAGUCGUCGGGUGUAUCAAGGCUUGCAGGGCAUGGGGAGCAGCCACGGGAAUCGACGGUGGGAUUCCCAUCAAGCUCGAGCUGCCCCCCAAUCUCGAGAACCAAACCGUUCUUUUGCCGCACACUGCAGGCACAGGUUCGGGGGAUCCUCCUUCGGCUCUCAGCCUCGAUACGAUCCAACGCGCCAUCUCCGAAACCCUGCGGUCGGACGAGUUCAUCAAGCGGGAAUCGCUGGAGGCACCACUGACCCAGAUCAUCGCCUCGCUCGCCGCUCUUUACUUCCCAAAAGUGCCAGAACCUCCUUCCGCCAAUCGACUACAGCCCAUUUCCUCCGUCGUCGUCCAUCCUUCUCGUCGUAACGCGUUGCGCGAAUUCCGCGGGGACGAGACCGCCAGUUGGACAUGCCCACACCAGGCCGAGCUCCUCGAGCGAAUGCGCGACAAAAAGCGGCACAUUCUCGCAGUCCUCGCUUGCAACUCCGGCAAAACCGCUACCAUCCUCAUGCAAGCCAACAUCUUCGACUCGGCUUCCACCACCAUCUUCGUUUUACCUGUCAGUGGGCUUCAUCAAGACCUCCAUCGUCGCGCAACGCAGUCACGACUCAAUGUUGCCCGGUGGAAACCCGACCACGCUGCCUUUAACGCCGACUUCAACGUCCUCUAUGUGUCAGUCGAAGAUAUCAGGGACGAAUUCAUCCGAUUCGCGAAAGGCUUGGCCUUGACACAACGUCUCGCCAACCUCGUAGUCGACGAGGCUCACAUAGCACUCACCGACGCUAACUACCGCGAGCCUAUUCGACGUCUGAUCAGACUAGCGACCGAGAUUGAGGCGCAUAUCACUCUCUUGAGUGGUUCCAUCGGCCCUCAGCACGAAACCCCCCUGCUCGACAUGUUCCUACUUCAGAACGUCGACGUCAUUCGCAUGCCUUCGUGGCGCUCCAACAUCGAGUAUCUAGUUUCCCUGCACGCCGCAAAAACGGACCAAACCGGAUGCAAAGUCGAAACUUACGUCGAAGCUGCCGUCGUGUACAUUAAAUGGCGAAUGAAGCAGACGGCGGGCAACUGCUACCGCAUGAUCGUCUAUUGCCGCAGCGUCCGAGUCGCGGAAGAUGCCGCUAAAGCUCUGGGUGUAGUCGCGUAUCAUGCUGGGGUCGACAUGGACGCUCGCCGACGGAUUUUCAAUAACUGGUUGGCCGGCGUUGAUCAAGUCAUCGUCAGUACAUCGAUCCUAGGCGCUGGCAUCGACACAAUCGUCCGCGAAGUGAUACAACUCGACGUUGCUCACACAGUCAUCGACUCGCAUCAACAAGCAAACCGCGCCGGACGCGAUAACUUACCCGCCCGCGUCAUAGUUUUUGCUUCUUGCAAACGAGAGCCUUCGCUCGGCGAGGAUCAUAAGGCCUCGCUGGGCAGCGUCUACCUCGUCCCCUGGCUAUUUCAUUUCGUCUGUCGCCGCCUACUUUUCGCUCUGUUCCUCGACGGCGUCGGGGUGACAUGCGGCGUCAUCCCUGGGGCACAGUAUUGCGACGUUUGUCAUCUCCAAUCUCGUCAACCUGCUCCGAGGAACGCACCGCCCAUGCCCACUGCUUCCAGUCAAGAGGAGCUCGCUGCGCUCCUGCCACUGCUCGUAACGGCUCAAGCACGGCGUGAGGCCAUCCUCCGUGCCCCAGAUGUCAAGCGUCUGCUGUACUCUGGUGCCAGACACACCGUUGCUUCUUCUAACACGUCGGCCAGACAAGCAAACAGCCUGCUCGAGCAAGACCAUCCACCUCGCCUGCGCAAGAUUCCACGCAUCGAGCCUCGCCCUGUUCGUCAUCAGCCCGUCUCGCACCCCAUGACGAAUGACUCGCCCGCGUUCUUACCUCCGCCGCCGCUGCCGCCUUCCAUGUCCCCUCCCUGGUACCUGCCACCGCCUUCACCUCAUUUCGGCCCGCCAUUCCAUCCACCGUAUCCGUUCGUUCCACCACCUCCCUUCUUCCACAAUCCACCCUCGAUAUUCCCUCCGCCCCUGCCCCACCACGAUCCCCGACCGGCGGCGUCACACCUGGCUCUCUACCCAAGUCAUCCAAUGGAGCAACCAUCGUCACACGCCCAGCAGUCAUCUGCUCGUUCACUGGACUCUUCGCCUGCCAGCUCUUUGUUGCCAUCUCACGUGAAACACGAACCGGCUCAAUUUCGUGGCUAUGAAAACCCGCCUCCGCCAUCGUCUCAGCCCGCCGGCACUCGAGUGGAUCAGCCGGCGUCAGUACCAGGCAUCUCCGUCGUAAUUGCCCAGAACGAGCACGUCCUUCGCAAGAAGGAAUGCAUCCAAAUCUGCCGAGAAGUCACAGCCGCGCUCGAUACCAUUCUUUCGAAGCAAGGGUGUGCUGUCUGUCUCAUUCGUCAGCGUAUCGAUUGGGAUGCGCACUCCCUCGACGACUGUUCAGCUAACGUCGCGACGGCCAACGAUCUGCGUUACCAGGGAUGGAAGGGCACCGCAAUGAAGCUGCCGGAUGGGUGGUGCUUCCACUGCAUGCGUCCUCAGGGUAAAAUAGGAUCGUUCCAGACUCAUGAAUGGAUGGAAGCAGCGGCAUCCCGCUGCGCGCAUGCAGGCGUCAUCAAGGCCAUGCUUUAUGCGUUCUUCACCUCGGCGCAGGGCACCCCUUGUCUCUCAUCAUGCGCACUUAUCCCUUUCCAACUCCGUUCGUCAGAUCACUUCGGGUCUCUUUGCCAUUGGGUCACAGACGACGCCCGUGACUAUUCUGGAUUGAAGAUUAAAAACCAUCUCGUCCUGUUCCGGUGGCUGAUCAAGCACACCAAGUGUGUCGGCACUGUCCAGUCCGCCCACGUCUAUGCUCAGUUCCCAUUCUUCCCCGCUCUCUCGUUACACCUCUGGCUUAUCGGCCACUUCAAUAUCAAAACCCACAGAUCUACCAUGUCUUCCGCGUCUGAUUCUCCAAGUGCGCACGACCACGGCGAAACUCCGCAUUCUCCAAGUGCGCAGGACGACGGCGAAACUCCGCAUAUCGCGACCAGUUCGCCUCCUCCUGUCUCACACAGGCCGCCCCGUAGGCCGCCCCCAUCUCCCGUACGACUUCGGGAACUAUCUCCCCUUCCCACGUUCUACGCAACUGGCACCUAUUCGUCACCCCCUCCACGCGCGUCUAGUUCCCCGCCUGCUUACGCCGGCCCCUGUCCCUCGUCCUACGUGCCUACCCCGUCGGACAAUGCUGAUCGCUAUACCUCGCAGCAACACGUCCCCACGGCCCGAGUUCCGUUGCCAUCCUCCUCGUCGCACGACUCUCCCUAUCCGUCGCAUUACGGAUACCCAUAUUCGUCGCCCUAUGCAUAUGGAUUUCCUUGGGUCUAUUCCCCUUCUCCUCACAGUCGCCCGCCUGCAGAUCACGAGCAGGGGCCGAAUCAUCUCGCAUUCCGAGGACCAGCUCGCUCGUCUACGUCGUCGUCAGUCCCGUUACCUCAUCAACGUCCUGCGCAUUUGCGUAAUGUACGCGACCGGACCAACGCUCCACCACGCGCGCCGCUGGACAACGUUGACCCAUUCAUUUCGCAUGCUAAUCAACACCAGACCUCUGCCGUGCCCAGCGACAUCUUCGAUGGCCUCCCUCUCCCAGCCGCUGGCGCAGCACGGAAAGACGAGCUUGUUGCGAUCUGCGACCGCGUGAACGCCGCGCUGCGAUACUUCUCUGCCGGCCGAUGCGUCAUCUGCUUCCUUAGGGGGACCGACGACUGGGACCAGCAUGUUUUGGACCGAUGCGCGGGCCCCAUUUGCUCAUUCGGCGACUACAACUAUCGUGAUUGGAAGAACAACGGUUUCGAGCUCCCGCCCGGAUGGUGUUUCUACUGUCUCCGGCCUCAGCAUGCGCAAGGGGGUUAUCGCAUGCAUGAGAAGACCAACGCGGUGGCGAGCUGCAUGUACAAGGGCUUGAUCAAGGCUGCUUUGUAUGCUUUCUUUUCGGCCGAGGACGACAUGCCCCUCGUUCGCGACUGCACCAUUAUACCGACCCAUCUGCGUGGAAUGGAGCGUCUCCGUCUCUUCACUUCGCCCUCCAUCUCCACCCACACAAUGCCGCCUCCCGCGCCGCUGCCGUCAUACACCGUCGAUCCAGGGCGGCGCAUCGUUUACAUCGAUUCCGUUCAGCAAUGCGACGAGAUGCUCCAGUCGCUCGAUGGGCCAUUCGGGUUCGACACCGAGUUUACUAUGUCCGCCGACGUGAACCGGAUCGAAGUCGUCCAACUCGCGACGCGCGAUGCCACCUUCGUCAUUCACCUCCAGCCAAUGGCCUACAUAAUCUCGAACGAACUCUACCGCAUCCUUACAGAUACCCGAGUCCUCCUCGCCGGCAUCGGUCUCGCGAAUGAUCUCGGCGUUUUCUAUCGCGGCCAUGGGAUCGACCUUACUCACCUCGUCGAGCUUGGCGUGCUCACUAUGCUCUACGACCCUGAAUCGCUGCCCACCAAGUACCGGACUCGCGCUUUACAGCCUAUGGGAAUGUGUAGUGCCGCUGAGUACAUUUUCGGCAAGACCAUCGACAAGGGCCCCCAGUGCUCCGACUGAGAUACUGGCGUGCUCUCGAAGGAGCAAUUACAGUAUGCGGCCACUGAUGGGCAAUUCUGCUAUGAUUUGUUUACUGAACUCGCGACGCGAAUGCUCAUCAAGAGUGUGGACAAUCCGCGCUACUACAUUCCGCGCACUUGGUUCACCUUCGAUGCCCAGGAGGGAGUAGCUGUGCUCACUGUCCGUGCGCCGGAUGGACAAGCUGUUCGCUGGAGUGUCACCCGCUGCAAUUACUGGGCCAGUAACGUUUACGUCGGCUGCCUUGAAUAGAUACAUGCUCAGUAGUACCAAUGUCUUUCACUUCUUGUUCAAAAAAGAAACUUGCAUCUGAUCUUCGAA